GCAGCACCGGGACCCGCAGCCAUGUCCGAGCGGAAGGUGUUGAACAAAUACUACCCCCCGGACUUCGAUCCUGCCAAGAUCCCGAAGCUCCGACUCCCGAAGGACCGGCAGUAUGUGGUGCGGCUCAUGGCCCCCUUCAACAUGCGCUGCAAGACCUGUGGGGAAUACAUCUAUAAGGGGAAAAAGUUUAAUGCCCGUAAGGAGACCGUUCAGAAUGAGGCGUACCUGGGGCUGCCCAUCUUCCGCUUCUACAUCAAGUGCACGCGGUGCCUGGCAGAGAUCACUUUCAAGACAGAUCCCGAGAACACGGACUACACCAUGGAGCAUGGGGCCACGCGCAACUUCCAAGCUGAGAAGCUCUUGGAGGAAGAGGAGAAAAGAAUGCAGAAGGAGAGGGAAGAGGAAGAGCUCAACAAUCCCAUGAAGGUCCUGGAGAACCGAACCAAGGACUCGAAGCUGGAGAUGGAGGUUUUGGAGAACCUGCAGGAGCUGAAGGAGCUCAACCAGCGCCAGGCAAACGUGGACUUCGAGGCCAUGCUGAAGCAGUACAAGGAGCUCGAGGCGGAACAGAAGCGCAGGGAGCAAGAGGAGGAUGAGCAAGAGAUCAGAGAGAUGCUGGAGCAGGCACAGAACCGCCGGCUCCUGGUGGACUCUGACUCUGACGAGGAGCCUGUGAAGCCCCACGUGAAGCCUGAGGCCAGAAUGAACCCCACGGACAUCCUGCAGGAGGACCCCCAGCCCCAGAGUAAGAAGCUGAAGACUGAGAGCUGGGAGCGGAGCGUGGGCAAACUGAACACCAAGUCCCAGCUGGCCGGGCUGGUGACAGUGAGGAAGCAGAAGCCAAGUCCUGCCCUGGCAAAUGGCACAGGGAGCCAGGAGACCACAGCCAGCACUGGCUCGGCUCCCCCCACCGCGUCCUCCCUCAGCUUGCUGGGGAUGUACUCGGACAGCGAGGACAGCGCUGGGGACUGAUGAGGCAC